UGAUACUUUAACGUUCUGUAUUCAGUAUCUCUCAUAUAUAUUUAUUUAUUUAUAUUAUUUCAUUUUGUUUAUUAUUUCUCACUGUUAUCAUUUUGCUACGAGAUACAUCGCAAGCAUUGUUCGUUAUUACUUAUCACGCACAACUUAUUAAAAAACUUGGAGCUUUAUGGAUACAAGUAUUUGAUACCAUUAGCACACUUAUAAACUUUACUCGGAGAAUGGUGCCCUACUAUGUCGUGUAAUAACUGUUUGAUACUUUGGUACCAGCAGUUCUCAGAAAUGUGAUCCAAUCUAUUGAUAAUAAAACAUUUAGUUUAAUUAAUUAAUUAAGUAAAAAAUAUAAAAUGGGACAAGUGUGGUGUAAAAAUAAAAAUUGGAAGGAACAGGAUUCUAAUAAAUCUCCAUUAGACCGAGUUUUUUUACGUUGCGCACAACGAAUUUAUCCGAGAUUUAAAGAUGAAGUAUCACUUAAUGGCGCGACUCAACGUGUGUCUAGCUCGGAAAUUGGUUACGCCGGAUCACCUUCGACGAAAGAAUUAUUAAGAAGCCGAAGUAUCAGUUCUGUAGAUCGUCCAUUCCAACCGAGCGAUUGGGUCGACGUAAAUCUAGAAGUCCCCAAUACUCCCGUAACAAAAUAUCCUAAUCCAAAUCCUAAUCCAGACCCAGAUCCUUUUAAUAAUACAGAGCGUUCAUUAGACAUGUCGUUUUAUCAAUUAAGGAGUACGAGUUAUAAUAAUAAAACACCCCCAGUUCCUCCGCCCAGAACAAAAAGACGUAAAAAAAUAAGAUCAUUACCGGCGUUAAAGAUUAAUGAACGCGCGAGUCGUAAUAAUAUUUGUAAAAGUAAGAGAGAUGGUGAAGGAAAACGAAGAGAAUUUUAUGAACACAAGGUAAACGGUACAGGAAAAAUAAUUCCUAGCAAAGUUGUAUCGGGGUGGAAAUCUGCAGAAGGACUAUCUAGUCAUCAAAAUAAGUUAUCUGAAAUUAAUAAUAGUUCACGAGUUAAUAAUACAAGUACCAGCAGUUUGCCUAAUUAUGAUGAAUUUAAAUUAUCAAAACUUUCAAAUGUUGAAAGUUGUAAAGAUCAAGUUAAACAGAAUGAAAAUAAAUCUCUUGAGAGUUUUAACUCUUGUAAAUAUCAAAACUCAUCAGGACGAAAAUUAUCCAGCGAUCAGAAACCUUUGAGUAGAAUUCCAAUAAUGCAGAGUAACUGUGAUACAGAUAAUCGAAAAUUUUCAAGCCAUCCGACUAAGGGAAGUGGGUCAUACUUUUACAGAAAUGUAAAUAAAUAUCCGGAACAUUUUUCUCAUGAAAAAAAAAUAGAAAAUCAACGUGACUACAGUUCUUUGACAACUGAUUUUGAUAAAUUCAAACAACGAGAUAUAAAUUAUUUAUUUUCACCAAAUGAAAUAACAACGUCACGGUCUCAUCCAUUUUUAAAUAAUGGAAACAUUAAAAAUGAUCAUCAGAGUGAAUUUCGACCUAAAUUAAUAUUAAGAAGAGUACAGUCAGAUGACAACGGAUCAUUAGACAUAAUGUCAGGAUCCGUAGAAAACUUUGUCACUAAAUCAAUAUCUGAAGAAUCUUUACCCAGUGCGUUGAUGGAAGACGCUGAUGAGAUAAAUUUAUUUGAUGACAACAAUAAAGAAGUUGUAAAAAAUGAAAUAACUAAAAUAAGAGAAGAAUUGGAGGCAGUCACGAAUGAAAUAAAAACUCCGCCACGCAGUCCCGAGCUUAAAAAAAAUAUAACAAAGUUAUCUAUUGAUGAAAAUGAUUGUGAUUAUGAUAAAGAAAAUAAUGUAAAUUCAAUGACUCCUAGUUUGAGUGAGUUUGAGAUAACGCUGUCAGAUUUAUUGGAAAAUAAUUCAAAGUUUAUUUCUUUGGAAUCAGAAUUGCCGAUUGGAAAAACUGUUUUACAUUCGAUUAAAAGUAUUGACACUGAAGAUGUAAAAGAAUUAAAUGACUCGAAGUUAAUCAGUAAUUCAAAUUCCCCACAAUUGAUUAUUGAUACACCGAAAAAACCAAACCGAAUACAAACUGUAGGUUUAUCGAGUAUUCCAGCUCCACCGAGAAGAAAAAGAAGAAAAAAAAUAAAAUCCGAGUCCGAUGACUCGCCGACUUACGAUUUUUAUCUCGAAGAUAGGCUUAUUUAAAUUUUUUAACAGAUUGAAUAAAACUAUUAAGCAAUCGGUUUACCACAGGUGCCUUUAUUAUGCACUGCAAUAAUUAAUUUAUAUUAAUAUUUAUAUAUAGAAUGUAUAAUUAAUUGUUAAUAAAUUAUGAUUAAAGUUAACGGAUGUAUAAA